GAACUGGGGUAUAGCUAUGUGGAGCUGAAUGCCAGUGACACUCGCAGUAAGAACAGUCUAAAGGAAGUAGUUGCUGAAUCGCUUAACAACACCAGCAUCAAAGACUUCUGUUCUGGCACAUCCUCAUCAGUUAGCGGGAAACAUGUAUUGAUCAUGGAUGAAGUGGAUGGUAUGGCAGGCAAUGAAGACAGAGGAGGGAUUCAGGAAUUGAUUGGUUUGAUCAGACACACAAAGAUACCCAUCAUCUGUAUGUGUAAUGAUCGCAACCAUCCUAAAAUUCGUUCCUUGGUCCACUACUGUUUUGAUCUUCGCUUUCAGAGACCUCGUCUAGAACAGAUUAAGGGUGCCAUGAUGUCUAUUGCGUUUAAAGAAGGUUUAAAAAUUCCACCACCUGCUAUGCAAGAGAUAAUCCUGGCAGCAAAUCAGGACAUCAGACAGGUUUUACAUAAUCUUAAUAUGUGGUGUGCAAAAGAUAAAUCAUUGACUUAUGAUGAGGCUAAAACAGAUGCCAGCAGAGCCAAAAAGGAUAUCAAACUGGGCCCUUUUGAUGUUGUCCGGAAGGUUUUUGCUACUGGAGAGGAGGCUUCUCGUAUGUCUCUUAUAGACAAAUCAGAUCUUUUCUUCCAUGAUUAUUCCCUAGCACCUCUCUUUGUCCAAGAGAACUACGUACAUGUGAAACCAGCUGCUGCUGGAGGAAAUCUGAAAAAGCACUUGGUGCUCUUGAGUAGAGCAGCUGAUAGUAUAUGUGAUGGUGAUAUAGUGGACAAACAAAUUCGUAGCAAGCAAAACUGGAACCUUCUUCCGACACAGGCCAUUUAUGCAAGUGUUCUCCCGGGGGAGCUGAUGAGAGGUUACAUGUCCCAGUUUCCUGUCUUUCCCAGCUGGCUGGGGAAAUUUUCAUCCACAGGCAAACAUGAUCGUAUCAUUCAAGAACUGGCAAUGCACAUGAGUCUCAGAACCCAGACAUGCAAGAGGACAGUAAACAUGGAGUAUUUGCCGUAUUUGCGGGAUGCGCUGGUCCAGCCCUUGAAGGACCUUGGAGCAGAUGGUAUAGAAGAAGCUAUAGCAUUCAUGGACUCUUACUGCUUGAUGAAAGAAGAUAUUGAAAAUAUCAUGGAAAUAAGCACAUGGGGAGGCAAACCCAGUCCUUUUUCAAAGCUGGAUCCCAAGGUCAAAGCAGCUUUUACACGUGCCUACAACAAAGAGGCACACCUGACUCCAUAUUCACUUACUGCUGUCAAGACAAACAAAAGGCAGUCGGGAUCUGCAGUGACCUUGGAACUGAAUGAAGACUUGAAUGUGGAAGAGAUGCAGUCUGAUGAGGAUGAGCAAGAUACUGUUGAAAGUGAUGCAAUGAUUAAGCAAAAAAAAGUGAAGUCUUCGAAGCUGCCAAAAAGAGAGAAAAAUGAAGAAACAACGAAAAAGGAAGGGAAAAGAAAAGAGAAGACAAGACAUUAAACAGAGUAAAAUCUUGCUCUGGAUGCAGCUUUGCUUAUCUAACUUCUGUUGGGAACAUUGAACAGAUCCAUUGGUGGAGCUGGGAAAGUAGAACCAGUGUGUUGAAAAUGCUCCUCUUAUAGAGGUGAUGUAGCCACUGUACUCUCUCACUAUGCAGUGCUGUACUUACUCUUAACGUGCUACAACGUUACAAGCUAUAAAUAUCCUUGUACAACAAACACCAGGGUGCAUGAACAUGAUGAAAACGUGAUGCUUAGUUACCUAGCAUUUACGCUAAGUCUUCCUAGAACUUCAUGGUUUUUUAAAAAAUCCCUUGAUAUUAUGUGGUGAACUCUUGUAAAUAAUAAGUGAUUCAAAAAAGACCCAAAACUAAACUGCAUAUUUGUACAUGACAGAAAUUAAGCAGUGUGUAAAAUUACAAUAAAAUGUUUCACAGGAGUCUUUU